GGGGCCCCAGCAACCAACCGCCCAUGCCUCUCGAGAUCCCAGCCUUUGCGGUGGAGACCAUCCUUAGAUAUAAUAUGACAGUCUUGGAAUCCCAGCCUCCUAUCGCCCGGAUUUGUGUGAGACUUAUGCCCGCGGCUAUUGCUGCUCCCACAGCCGAGACGGAGACCUUCUUGCCCUGUCUUGAUACAAACAAUGGUGAUUCCCCAUCC